AUGGAGACUGUCGACAGCGAUAAGGCCAGGCCUGUUGCGCCACCAGAGCCCAUAUCGCCGGCGCUCUCAUCGACUAAUGCUCCAAAACCUCCCAUUUCGAGGACUGCAUCACCAACUCAUGCUCAAGCCCAUGCAUCAACUCCAGAUUCAACUUCCACCCGUGCUAUUGCUGUUGAGACCAAGAGUCCAGUAGCUCCCGAUAGUGCGAUUUCAAUUGCAACCGAUGCUCCUCUUGCUGCUCCUCACUCGGCUACUGAGCCUCAAGCUGCAACGCCAUCCAUGCUGCGGUCACCACUGCCAUCAUCAUCAUCAACAGUAGUAGCGGCAGUAGAAGCAACAGCAACAGCAACAGCAGCGCCAGAUUCAGCUUCAGGUACCAAGGAUCGCGUGCUGUCACCACCAUCUGUGCCCUCGACAAGUACUGUGAAUGGGAAAUCACCGGUAAUUACCGCUGCAAGUCCCUCUACCGUCGCCGUCGCCGCUGCCGCUGCCGCUGCUGCCAGAAGUCCAUCUCCAAGGCAAGUUAAAUUUUGA